UUUAAGUCCGUAACACGUUGCUUCAGUUAACGCCGCAGAAGUCUUCCUUCUCCAUCUGUUCUCGUCUCCUCUCAGUCUUCUCUAUCGCUAUGUGUGCAGACUGCAGAGGAGCGGAGCAGAGCAGAAAUGGAGGAGAUGCCCGUCCACUUGCUUGUGUUCCCGUACCCAGCACAGGGCCACACCCGUCCGCUGCUCGACCUCGCCCACCGUUUGGCCAUCCGCCCGGGCCUCACCCUCACCAUCAUCACCACCCCAAAGAACCUCCCCGCCCUCUCCCCGCUCCUCUCCGCCCACCCCUCCACCGUCCGCCCCCUCGUCCUCCCCUUCCCACCUCACCCCGCCCUCCCCCCGGGCGUCGAGAACGUCCGUGACAUCGGCAUCCACGCCAACCCCACGAUCAUGUCCGCCCUCCGCUCCCUCCGCGGUCCCAUCUCCGAUUGGUUCCACUCCCACCCAGACCCCCCCGCCGCCAUCAUCUCCGACUUCUUCCUCGGCUGGACCCACCACCUCGCGGUCGAUCUCGGCAUCCCCCGGUUCGCCUUCUUCUCCUCCGGCGCCUUUCUCACCUCCGUCAGCGACUACUGCUGGCGGAAUUUGGCGACCGUGCGAUCGCUGGAGGUGGUCCCGCUCCCGGAUAUACCUAAUACGCCGUCGUUUAGGGAGGAGCACCUGCCCUUCUUGUUCCGCUUCUACAGAGAAUCGGAUCCCGAUUGGGAGAACAUCAAGGAUGGGAUGAUCGCAAAUACUUCUUCUUACGGGUGCAUUUUCAAUUCCUUCGAAGCCCUCGAGGGCCAGUACUUGGCCCACCUGAAGAGGAAAAUGGGCCACGGCAGAGUCUACGGUGUGGGCCCGCUCAGCUUGGUGGGCCUGAGCAAUGGAUCGGAUCCAGCCAACCCGGACGAUGCCGUGUUCCGAUGGCUUGACGGUCACUCGGAUGGCUCCGUGCUCUACGUUUGCUUCGGGAGCCAGAAGGUCAUGAGAAAGGAUCAGGUGAAGGCUUUAGCUUGCGGACUCGAGAAUAGCGGGGCCCAUUUUAUAUGGGUUGUCAAAAUGAGCUCGGCCGAAGAGGUGGACAAUGGAGUUGGGCCUUUCCUAGAUGAGUUCGAGAUGCGGGUCGCAGGUCGGGGCAUGAUUAUAAGAGGGUGGGCCCCCCAAGUGGCGAUACUUGGCCACCGGGCCGUGGGCAGAUUCUUGAGCCAUUGUGGAUGGAACUCGGUCCUAGAGGCCAUAGUGGCGGGAGUGGUCCUGUUGGCCUGGCCUAUGCAGGCGGACCAGUACGUGAAUGCAAGGCUUCUGGUGGAGGACAUGGGGGUGGCCUUUCGAGUUUGUGAGGGCGCAGAUACGGUCCCCGACCCGGAGAAGCUGAGUCAAGCAAUCUCUGGAUUAAUGGGAGAGGACGCCAAGGAGAGGGCUAGGGCAAGGGAGUUAACUGACAGGGCAUUGGCAGCAGCGAUGCCUGAGGGUAGCUCCUCUAGGGACUUGGAUGCCCUAGUGAAGGAAGUGUUCCUACUUGAUCAAGUUCAAAAAUAGGAAGGAUGUAAGGUUCUCUUCUAUCAAGUGAAGGCACAACUUUUCCAAUGUUACCAUCUAAGCAAAUAGAAUGUCCAAUUACAUUAUGAAUCUCGUAUUAAAAUAAAAUGAGUAUGUCAUCAACUUACGAUAUACUAUAAAAUAAAAUGGUUGUAGUGGAGAUUUUCAACCCUUAAUUGAUCGCCGUGCUUCCAUUUUUUCUUCCUAAAUAAGAUAUGAAUUUUAGGUU